CCGCGCCCGUCGCAGGGCUGACGCGGCGGCGCCGACGCAGCGCGCUCCGGUCCGGCGUGUGGUGGCGGCGGCGGGAGGGGGGCGGAGCGCGGCCCUGGCGGCUGCCGGGACGAGCCAGGCGCCCCGACGGGCAGAGCUGUUUUUCAAGAUCAUAAUGCAGCAGAAGAAUGAAAAACCACAGAAGACAAUUGCUUUGGAAAAGAAGGCAGUUGCUGACCUGGUCUAGAAGAUGGACCACCGGAUUUGGGGAGCUUGGAAAAUGCUGCUUCCAAAAGCAAUUUUUCCUAGCUAAGAAAAUAAGACCGAGUGCUCAGCUAGUUGUGAGGUUAAAUCACAGCAAACUGUACAGCAGACUGCAGUGCAGAAGAAGAGCGCUUGAGCACCAAAGCAAGUGGACUCCUGAUGUGCCUGUAGAUGCAGAGACCUAUCAAAAACCUACUGCUGAACUUUACAGCUUUGCUUACAAAACUACCGAGAGCAAAACCAUCCUGUCGCUAUCACAGAGCUGAAAGCUCAUCUGGAGAAGUAGUAAGAAAGCUCAACAAUGAAUCUGUCUAGAGUGAAGAUCCCUUGAAAGAAGAGUUUGAAAGUGUCACUGUUCUUAAUAUCAUCUCUGGCAAUAUCCAUUAUGUCUCCUGUGGUACUCUGGGUGCUGCUGCCUUACCUGUAAAAAACCGUGGGUUUGUAUAUAGCAGGGAGGAGAGCAGUAAUGGUGAGGGCAACACAGUCCUAACAGUUUUAGACAACUAUAAGAGGAAAUGCUGUUGCAAAGGGAGUGGAAUGGAACUUGUGGCCCCUUGACAGCUAUAAAGAGGUCAAAAUUUAACCAUCGCACUGUAAAAAAGAGAUUUUCGUUUAUGAUGCACAAGAAACUCUCUAUGGUUAGGUCCUGGUAUAGAGUUAUAAAAUCCCCAAAACUUCGAGCAAAAGGCAAAACCUGCAGACUGGGAAAAACCAGAAAAAUCAGGCCAAGGUGGGUGCAGAAAGGUACGAGGGACCACCCGGAGGCGCUCCGGCGGCGUUUGGAAAGCAGGUUGUGCAAUUGGCUUACCUACUCAAGAUCUAAAAGCAGCCGGCUUUGGCACCGGUACAGCUCGCCAGGUAUGAACAAUAACACCCCCAAAUCUUCAGGUGAGGAGAAGGAAAUUCCUACACCUGAGGUCUGCCCUACACAGGAUGCGUUUCUGAGUGCUGAGCUGUGUUCUGAGGAGCCGGAGUCUGGUGGGCAGGAUGGCAGCGUGGAUGCUGUCCUGCCAGAACUGCAUGCUAGAGCUUCUCCAGAGGCGGAGGCCUUGCACCAGGUGGAGAUCAACGGGGCUCUGGCAGAGGAUCAUUGCUCUGAUGUUUUAGUCUCCGCUGCAGGAAAAGAAAUUUCUGUUUCAGAUCAAGAAAACGCAGAAUGUGAUGAGGUUAUGGGUGUAGAUGGAAUGACACAAUUGCAGUCCUCCUUGCAGAGUUCUCAUGUCAAUGACAAUUUUGCAAAUGGACCUUUAUCCAUGGAGAUGGCACAAAAUGAAGACAGCUCUGGCCAAAUGGAAGUAGAGGACUCCUUAAACCUGGACAAUUUUAGUGCAAAGUUACUAGAUCACCCUUACUGUAAAAGUCCUCUUGAGGAGCCUUCACCAGAAAGCACAGGACUGAAAUCAGGAACUCGGAAGGGAGGCAAAAGGAACAUUCAGAAAUCUUCCCGGGUGGAUGAUGAGCAGUUGGCAACGUGGCUUUGUGGAUUCCUAGAUGAAGUUAUGAAGAAAUAUGGCAGUUUAGUACCACUCUGUGAAAAAGAUGUCAUGGAAAGAUUAAAAGAAGACUUUAAUGAAGAUUUUUCCCAUAGAAAAGCUUUUAUCACCAGGGAAAUCAUGAAGUACCGGGAAAAACAUCCCAAAACCUCCACUUGCAAUUUCCGUGUCUUCUAUAAUAAGCACAUGCUAGAUAUGGAUGAUUUGGCUACACUGGAUGGCCAGAACUGGCUGAACGACCAGGUAAUUAACAUGUAUGGUGAACUCGUCAUGGAUGCAGUCCCUGAAAAGGUUCAUUUCUUUAACAGCUUUUUUCAUAGACAGCUCGUAACCAAAGGAUAUAAUGGGGUAAAACGAUGGACUAAAAAGGUGGACUUGUUCAAAAAGACUCUUUUGUUAAUUCCUAUUCACCUGGAAGUCCACUGGUCCCUCAUUACUGUGAACAUCCCCAAUCGAAUUAUUUCAUUUUAUGAUUCCCAAGGCAUUCAUUUUAAGUUCUGUGUAGAGAACAUUCAAAAGUAUUUGCUGACUGAAGCAAAAGAGAAGAAUCGCCCUGAGUUUCUUCAGGGUUGGCAGACUGCUGUGACAAAGUGCAUUCCACAACAGAAAAAUGACAGUGACUGUGGGGUUUUUGUGCUCCAGUACUGCAAGUGCCUCGCCUUAGACCAGCCUUUUCAGUUCUCCCAGGAAGAUAUGCCCCGAGUGAGAAAAAGGAUUUACAAGGAGCUGUGUGAACGCCAGCUAAUAGACUAAUAAAAUGCAGCCAACCUAAUUUCUCUGGCAUUUCUGACAAGUUGCAGCUGGUGUUUGUGUACUUGAAUUUCUGAAAACUUCCGUGAAUUUUGAGCGAUUCUCAGCUGAGUGGUGUGGCCACUGUUGUUACCUCAAUUUUUUUGACAAGCUCUUUAGCUGGCAGAGUAUAAUAGAGCUGCCAUAAAAUAUUCUUUAUGUCAGUUUGGUUCUCUUAUGUUCUUUCCUGUAUUUAAUAUUUAUUAUUUCAGCAUGCAUAUAGGCAAAGCAUGCAACUAAAACCAUAAAACUGUAGAUUUGGUGCACCUUUGAGAUGUAGCUAGAAAUGACAAAUACAGGUGAUUCUUGUCUGGAAACAUAAAGAUGCAUGAUAUGUUUUCUGAUGCAAUAAUGCUUUGAAUGUAUCAACCACAAAAAUCAGUUACAGAAAAAGAACAGCUCAACCCUAUUUGAUAGCUCCAUUGUCCCUGUUGUGACUGUAUGAUAAUGAAUCACCACUUUUUAGGGUGGCUAAAAAUCAUUUACAGAUUUAAUUUGUGGAGACCCCUUUUUGCUAAUAAAGUUUGUUCUGUUAACAUUUA